GGGGCCGCGAGCCGACGCAGCCGGAUAGGAAGGACAAAAAGAAAGCAAAGGGCCCACUGCCACCGUGGGGUGGGGGCAGCGCCGAGAAGUUCCUGUGCCCCCGAGAGGAUCUUCCCGGGCGCCCGGCGGGAGAGACCAGGGAGGCCCGGGGCGCGGCGCGGCCCUGGGCUCAGCCCCCAGCCCCCUCUCCCCGGGCGGGAGCGACGCCGGGGCGCGAAGCUGGGCGCGGCGAGCGCGGGCCGGCCGAACGGGUCCCCGCGGACAGCCAACAUUGAUUUCCUCCGGGCGGAGGGCGACGGCCCGGGCGGCGGCGGCGGCGGCGAGCUGCAGCCGCGGCACGGCGAGAGCAUGUCCAAGCCGGUGGACCACGUCAAGCGGCCCAUGAACGCCUUCAUGGUGUGGUCGCGGGCUCAGCGGCGCAAGAUGGCCCAGGAAAACCCCAAGAUGCACAACUCGGAGAUCAGCAAGCGCCUGGGCGCCGAGUGGAAGCUGCUCACCGAGUCGGAGAAGCGGCCGUUCAUCGACGAGGCGAAGCGCCUGCGCGCCAUGCACAUGAAGGAGCACCCCGACUACAAGUACCGGCCGCGGCGCAAGCCCAAGACGCUGCUCAAGAAGGACAAGUUCGCCUUCCCGGUGCCCUACGGCCUGGGCGGCGUGGCCGACGCCGAGCACCCGGCGCUCAAGGCGGGCGCCGGGCUGCACGCGGGCGCGGGCGGCGGCCUGGUGCCCGAAUCGCUGCUCGCCAACCCCGAGAAGGCGGCCGCCGCGGCCGCCGCCGCCGCCGCGCGCGUCUUCUUCCCGCAGUCGGCCGCCGCCGCCGCCGCUGCCGCCGCCGCCGCGGCCGCCGGCAGCCCCUACUCGCUGCUCGACUUGGGCUCCAAGAUGGCAGAGAUCUCGUCGUCGUCGUCCGGCCUCCCGUACGCGUCGUCGCUGGGCUACCCGACCGCGGGCGCCGGCGCCUUCCACGGCGCGGCGGCGGCGGCUGCAGCGGCGGCGGCGGCCGCCGGGGGGCACACGCACUCGCACCCCAGCCCGGGCAACCCGGGCUACAUGAUCCCGUGCAACUGCAGCGCGUGGCCCAGCCCCGGGCUGCAGCCGCCGCUCGCCUACAUCCUGCUGCCGGGCAUGGGCAAGCCUCAGCUGGACCCCUACCCCGCGGCCUACGCCGCCGCGCUAUGACCCCGCGGGGCCGCCUCGCGAGGACCGGUGUGCGCACGUGUACAUAUGUAUAGGUACGAGCUCCGCGGCCUCCCCGUGCGCCCUCCCGCGACGGGGGCCCCGGGUUGUAUGUACAUAAGAUGUAUAGGUGCAGGCAGAGGCGGAGAUGCCAGUCGGGGCGCGAGUGGCAGAGCGCGCGCGUGCUCGGGCGAGUGUGCGUGUGGAUUCACAGGAUCAUUUCAGACCCGCACUUCGGCAGCCCACUUUAAGGAGGGCGGUUGUAUCCGACAGCAGUUGAUGUUUGCUUUGCACUUCGGAACCUGUUGCGUUUGGGCCCAAGGAGGUGGAGGAGUAACUUCUUUUUUGACAUGUUGGGCUUUCCAGUUUUGUUUGUUGGAAGUUAAUUGUCGGUUUUGUUUUUGUUUCUCAUUAUCUUGUUUUUUUUGUUUUUGUUUUUGUUUUUUUGGGGGGGGGGGCGCUAUCCCCCUCCUGGUCUGUGUCGCAUGCACUCUGUUCAAGUGUUAGGUCUGAAAUGGCUGGCACACGGGAAAAGCUGAUCUGUGUCAUUAGUUUCUCAGAGCGAUACGGCUCUGAGCGGCCUUGCUCCCUAUUUGUACUUUUUGACUUUGCAAAUCUCUGUUCUCUCAAGCAGAACUCACAGACCGGAUCCAUUCUUGACCAGUGACCGGCUCCAAUCUGGCCUUUUGUAUGUGAGAUGAUCACGCUUUCUUUUGUCUAUCACGUCAUAUGCAAAUGAGAGCGAGAGCUCUUAAGAGCAAGGAAUGCAAACAAGAAAUCUGUGCGAGAUGAAAAGUUGUCAAUUCGAUUUUAUACCUUAAAACAACAACAACAACAGCUGAUAAGUCUCCCUGAGUCCACUUGCUCGGAUUUCUGACACAGUUUACAGAAAGAUAAAAGGCACUGUUCCUAUUUUCCCCUUAUGGCUGAGUUCACCUUAAGAUUGUAAAUGUGUAUAUGUCCGUGAAAACAUGGAGUCUGAAAAUGUGUUAUUUGCGUUGCCCUAAAUUUGAGUCGGUUUUAGACUCUAAAGCAUUUUGAGCAAAUGUCAAAGUUAACUUUUAAAAAUUGCGGGACUAUUUCAGAAUCGCAAUUUUAUCUAAGAUUAAAUCAGACUUUUUUCGUCUGAGUGGCAAUGAUAUAUUUAUUAUUUAGCAAAACUGGAAAGAAAAACAGAAUUGUUUGACAGAUGUCUCUGAUUUUCAGCUAGCAUUUCUUCACCAACUUGAACCGCUUAAAUGUGUUUUGGAGUUCCUUCCCUAAUUAGCUUAUUUUUUAGAUUACCUGCAAUUCAUUUGCAAAUUAUGAUAAAACACAUUUUAGAGAAAAGAACCUCAACUAUAGCUUUUUGUUUCUUUUUAAAUGUAUAUAUUUUUGACUAAUGUUUGUGAAUGAAGUUGGCUAACAUGUAUUUAGUUUCAUUUUGACUUUAUGUAAUAUAAAGUUUUAAAAAGUUUAAGUAUUGGUUUUAACCUUUAUGUGUAAAUGGUUUUCUUGUGUGAUCUUCUAAUUUAAUAUUAGACGUCUAAACUAUAUCUGUAAAUUAGAAUCCGACUAUCACUCUGUUCAUUUUUUUUGAACAAAGAGUUUAAAUAAAGCCUGAACCAGGGAAAAGAGAAAAUCCUCUA